CCUGGUGGGAAUCAUGUGACCGCGACAUGUUUGUGUUGUAUCGCGAGCAGUGAGACAAGGUGGAAUGGCGAGGUGGAUUUUGCUGAGUUUAGUUUUAGUCGCGGGGUGUGCAGGGGUGAAGUACCAGAACAACUGGAAAUCCCUGGACGCCAGACCUCUGCCGUCGUGGUACGAUGAGUCUAAAGUGGGUAUUUUCCUCCACUGGGGAGUGUUUUCUGUGCCGAGUUACAGCAGCGAGUGGUUCUGGGAACAGUGGAAGAUGGCCAAACAAUACAACGUAGUUUUGUUCAUGAUGGAGAACUACAGGCCGGAUUUCACGUACGCUGACUUCGCCCCACAGUUCAAGGCUGAGUUCUACAGCCCAGAGCGUUGGGCGGACAUAUUCAAGGCAUCAGGUGCCAAGUAUCUGGUUCUGGUCACCAAACAUCAUGAGGGAUUCACCAACUGGCCGUCGAACUACUCAUUCAACUGGAACGCAAAAGAUGUUGGACCCAACAGAGACCUUGUUGGUGACCUGGCAGCUGCGGUCAGGAAGAGCACGGAUCUCCACUUUGGAAUCUACCACUCCCUGCUGGAGUGGUUCCACCCCCUGUACCUCCAGGACAAGAAGAACAACUGGACAACAAACAACUUUGUCAUGAGCAAGGCCAUGCCGGAGCUGUAUGAGCUGGUCAAGGCUUACAAGCCGGAAGUGGUUUGGUCGGACGGAGACUGGGAGGCCCCAGACUGGUACUGGAACUCCACUGACUUCCUGGCCUGGCUGUACAAUGAGAGCCCAGUGAAGGACUCUGUGGUAGUCAACGAUCGGUGGGGCAGCAACACACGCUGCAAACAUGGGGGAUUCUGGAACUGCAACGACAAAUACAACCCAGGGAAGAAGGUGACCCACAAGUGGGAGAACUGUAUGAGUAUUGACAAAGGAUCGUGGGGUUUCCGCCGCGACGCAGACAUCGCCCAGCUGUACAGCAUGGAGGAACUCAUCUCACUGCUCGUGGAAACUGUCAGCUGUGGCGGCAACCUGCUGGUCAAUGUGGGCCCCACCAGCUACGGGGUGAUCGCCCCCAUCUACGAGGAGAGGCUGCGGCAGAUGGGACAGUGGCUGGAUGUCAAUGGCGAGGGCAUCUACGGUACAACCACCUGGCAAUACCAGAAUGAUACCAUCAAUUCCGAUGUGUGGUACACUGCCAAGAAGGGGGCUGCUGGUUUAGACGCGUAUGCGAUCCUGCUGAAGUGGCCGAUGAGCUCCCAGUUGGUCCUGGGUGCCCCGAUCCCAUCAGCUGACACCAACAUCACCCUACUGGGGUAUAAGGGGGAGUUUGAGUACACCAAGAACCCACAGGGGGGGAUCACUAUCACACUGCCAAACAUUCCCUUCAACAGGAUACCGUGUCAGUGGGGAUGGACCUUCAAGAUCGUAGGGCUGGCAAACUGAACAUCUGACUCCACUAUGUACCUCAGGACUUCACCACAUCUCCUCGUCUUUUAAUACGUUUAAAACUAUUUUAGGAUUUGGAUUUACAACAAUUAAUUUUUUUUAUGUUUUUAUAUGAAUUUGAUAAAAGAAUGUUUUUUUUAUGUUAUAUCAAGGUUCUAUUUAUUCCAGUGUUUUACAUGAAUUCAUACAUUAUAAUGCUUGGACCCUUUUGGGUUGUAGUAGUGAUGACACUCUGAGUCACAGGGUGGGGCUUGGGGGUUGUUUGUUUAGCUGGGGUAGCGGGGCAGGGUGGAAUAUAAGGUUGCUUCACUGAUUGACCCAAGGAUUGUCACUUCAUUCCGUGUUAGUACUUACACUUUCACAAGUCACACUUUUAUCACCAGGAAAUGAAUCAAGUAAAUGAAUUAAUGUAAAUUCUUCUUACAUGAGUGCAUCAAAGAGUCAUUUCAUGGAAGAAGACUUUUUGUCAUCCUUUUAGAUCUUGUACUUGUAAUGUAUCUGCCAUGCAUCCUGACUGAGUCGUGAUCCUGUGGGCAGCUCCACUAUACAGCAGUUUGUGUACCAGGAUGUCAGCGUUGUACAGAGAAGGAAGCUGGCAACUGUUGUUACAUGCACCCAAAUAUUUUGUAUAAAGUACACUGAAUAAACCUUAUUGCUUU